AUGAAGGGAAUAUCUUGUCGGGGCAAUCGUAUUUGUUUCGGCAGAUACGCUCUUCAGGCACUUGAACCCGCUUGGAUCACAGCUAGACAAAUAGAAGCGGGGCGAAGAGCAAUGACACGAUAUGCGCGUCGUGGUGGAAAAAUAUGGUUACGUAUAUUUCCCGACAAACCUGUUACAGUAAGACCUGCGGAAACACGUAUGGGUUCGGGGAAGGGAUCCCCCGAAUAUUGGGUAUCCGUUGUUAAACCAGGUCGAAUACUUUAUGAAAUGGGCGGAGUAUCAGAAGCUGUAGCCAAAGCAGCUAUUUCACUAGCUGCGUCCAAAAUGCCUAUACGAACUCAAUUUGUCAGGAUAGAUGUACGAGGUCGGGUGGUUUCCUGGGCCUCCGCUGGUACUUCCGGAUUCAAAGGGACAAGAAGAGGGACACCCUAUGCUGCUCAAGCGGCGGCAUUAAAUGCUAUUCGUACAGUAGUUAAUCAGGGUAUGCAACGAGCAGAAGUUAUGAUAAAAGGUCCUGGUCUCGGAAGAGAUGCAGCAUUACGAGGCCAUUCGUAG